AUAAAACCUGCUACAUAUAUAGUUGUUUAACCAAAAGCAGAAAUACACUUGAAAUGGCCAACUCAAGCAUUCCCACCGUUGAUCUCUCACCCUUCUUCAAAGAAGGUGAUGAAGAUGGCAAGAAAAAAGCCAUUGAAACAAUCAGCCAAGCCUGCUCUGAGUAUGGAUUCUUCCAGAUCGAGAACCAUGGCGUUCCUCUUGAUUUGAUGAGCCGAGCUCUUAACCAUUCCAAGACAUUUUUUGACUUCUCAGAUGAGGAGAAGCACAAAUCUUCUCCUAAAUCAGGUGCUCCGCUUCCUGCCGGUUAUAGCAAGCAGCCGGAGCACUCGCCGGAUAAGAGUGAAUACGUUCUGGUUUUUCCUCCGGAGUCUAGUUUCAACAUCUACCCUCCAAACCCUCCAGGAUUCAGGGAGGUGCUUGAAGAUAUGUUCAAAUAUUUUACCAAGACAGGUUUACUUAUAGAGAGCAUUAUAAAUGAGUGUCUCGGCCUGCCUCCGAACUUCCUCAAGGAAUUUAACCAUGAUAGGACCUGGGAUUUCCUAGUAGCUUUACGUUAUUUCCCGGCCUCCGAAACUGAGAAUAACGGACUAACGGAGCAUGAAGACGGAAAUUGUAUUACUUUUGUGUUCCAGGAUGAAGCUGGAGGUCUGCAAGUUCGCAAAAAUGGAGAAUGGGUUCCUGUCACUCCUAACAAGAAUACUAUAGUUGUAAAUGUUGGUGAUGUUAUCCAGGUGUUGAGCAACAAGAAGUUCAAAAGUGCGACGCACAGAGUGGUUAGACCCGAAGGAAAGAGCCGAUACUCUUACGCAUUCUUCUACAACUUGCAAGGUGACAAAUGGGUCGAGCCAUUGCCGGAGUUCAGUAAAGAAAUCGGAGAGCUGCCAAAGUACCGAGGUUUCUUGUACAAGGAGUAUCAGGCAAUGAGAAUGAGGAACAAGAGCCAUCCACCUGCGAGAAUUGAGGAUGCCAUCCACAUUACCCAUUAUGAAAUUAACAACACACAUGAGCCGUGAAUCGUUCUGGUUUAUUAAAUCUUCCUUUCUUUGUGUGUUAUUUGAUAUUUCAUGAAAAGAAAAAUAAUAAAAUAUGCACAAUUGACUA